UUGGUUUCACCAAGUUAAAAUCAUUGAAUAUUAUUUAAAUUUUAUUACAAUCCGUAUUUCAAAUUAUUUCCAACAAAAAAAAGAGAAACACAAUAGUGCCUUUAAAUAUAUUUAAAAUAAGAGAAAAUUAACAUUUUAUAAAUUAUUUGAGAAUGAAAACUUUGUUUUAUUAGUGUGUAUAUAAUAUAACAAAACGAAAAAAAAAAUUCAACCUGAUACCUGUUUCGCUGUUUAUAAAAAAAUAUUUAACUGAGCAGUGCAAAUGUGGCGAUCUAUCGUGAAACACUUAGUAUUAAAAUUAGUAAAGUUGUAAAUUUUUUAAUAUACAUAUGUUUACAUAUGGAGAAAAGUAACUACAUAAUAAAACACAAUAUUGUAAAUAUAUGUUAUAAAAAUUUUAAAGAUUGGAAUGUGAAAUAAUAAGAAUAUUAUAAUUUUGAUAGUUGCAACAGCCUUCAAACAUAUUACUAAGAUCUAGUUCGUAUCAAUGCAGUGAAAGUGCAUAUUUAAAGAAAAUAAUCAGGGUCUAAUAAUUUACAGGUGUUGAAUUUUAUUGGGGGUAUCUAUUGCUCUUUUUUUGUUUUAUGUUAUUUUAUGAGUACCUAUCUACAAUGAAGCUCACAAAAAUUUUUAGAUGAAAUAUGAGGGUAUAGGUUUUAAUAUUACUGGUAAUAUGAAUGAUGGUACUUAGCUAUUUGUAUGAUUACAUACAUAUAUAUAAACUAAAGUGUCUUUAAUAUGAUGUAAUAGUAAAUAGAACAAUAAACAUUUAAUAACUCAAUGAAAACAAAAUUAAGGUUUGACUUUUACAGUAAAAUUUAGAGUUGCUAUUGACUAAUAACUAUCAUUUAUUAAAAAAAUUGUACUUUUAAAAAUAAAAUAGAAAAAAAAGACAUGAUGACUUCAAACUCUCAAACAACAACAAUAAUUGCUGCAACAGCAGCCCCAUCUUUAUUAAAUCCAAAUGUAACAAAUAAUACUGGUAAUAAUAUUAGUAAUAAUAAUGCUCAUGCUUCAAUAUUAUCGGCUGUAAUUGACGAACAACAAAAACAAUUUCAACAACAACUACAGCACCAACAACAUCAGCAACAUAAUCAUCCUCAACAACAUCAUCAUAUAAAUACUAACGGAAACUCUAAUCAACAAGUUUUAAAAAAUCUCAAUAAUAACAACAAUAGUAAUAUGAAUAAUAGUAGCAAUAGUACUAUUAAUAAUGUUACAAUAUCACAAGCAAUUGCACCAUCAGCAACUUUACUUGUUUAUAGUAACACUAAUUUUAUAACAACAGCGUCAUCAACAAAAUCUGAAACAUCAUCAAAUGGUAGCAUUAGUGGUGAGUCUGUUAAAAAAAUAUCCAGUUCAACAAGUACAUUAAUGAAUAAUUCAAGAGAAGAUAUUAGAUCAAUUGAUGGAACAUCCUCGCUAAAUAGUAACAUAAUUACAAAUAAUCACGAUAAAGAUAGAAAAGAUAUAAAUUCACGAUAUUUCAAUGACUUACCACCAGUUGGUGCACCUAGAUUCAGUACAGCAAAUAAUCCAGAUGAUGAUGAUGGAUUAGGUCCUUUACCACCAAAAUGGGAAAAAGCUUAUACUGAAAGUGGAGAGCUAUACUUUAUUGAUCACAAUACUGGUACAUCACACUGGUUAGAUCCAAGAUUAUCAAAAUUUCAAAAAAAGUCAUUAGAAGAUUGCAGUGAUGAUGAAUUACCGUACGGUUGGGAAAAAAUCGAUGAUCCACAAUAUGGGACAUAUUUUAUUGAUCAUGUUAAUCGUAGAACACAAUACGAAAAUCCAGUACUUGAAGCUAAAAGGCGUAUUGAACGUAACCGUAGUAGUAGUAACAAUAGUCAUACAACAUUAAUUAAUCACAACACAGCUUUAAAUAAUUCAAAUAGACAACAACAGCCACAGCAACAACAAAAUCAUAAGUCACCAAUAUUACAACUACCAUAUACAUUUACAAGAAAUCCAAAUGAAAUGCAAGGCGAGCGUAUAACAACGACAUUAUUAAAAUCAUCACGUGGUUUAGGUAUAACAAUAGUUGGUGGUGAUGAUAAUAUUGAAGAAUUUUUACAAAUAAAAUCAAUUGUACCAAAUGGACCCGCAUGGCUGGACGGAAAACUACAAACUGGUGAUGUAUUAGUAUAUGUGAAUGACACUUGCGUAUUAGGUUUCACUCAUCAUGAAAUGGUUAAUGUAUUUCAAUCAAUUUUACCUGGUGAAACUGUUACGUUAGAAAUAUGUAGAGGUUAUCCUUUACCAUUUGAUCCAAAUGAUCCAAACACAGAAGUUGUAACUACAAUUGCUGUUGAUGGUAUUAGUGCGGAACCAGGGUCCAAAUCCAGAAUUUUAAUAGAUUUAAAUAUGGAUGGUAAUUAUAAUUUUUUGGAAUUGUCUGAUACAGUUGGAGCUGUUGGUGGUACAUUACCGCCAAUGACAAUAUCACAAAAACAUAAUCCUUUAGCAAAAAUUAUAUCAAGUGGAAAUAAUGCAACUGGUAAAAGUAAUGAUUUUGUAGAUAAUUAUGUUGAGGAUGAAAUUUUAAUGUCUAGAAAAUCAGAAAUUCUACAAAUACCAAUUAAUAAGGGAGUAAUGGGUUUUGGAUUUACAAUUACUGAUAGCGCGUACGGUCAAAAAGUAAAAAAAAUUUUAGAUAGAAAUUGUUGUAAGAAUCUGCAAGAGGGUGAUAUAUUAUUGGAAAUCAACUCGACUGUGGUGAAGCAUAUGUCACACAGCGAAGUCGUUAAGGUAUUAAAGGAAUGUUCGAAAACAAUGGAAACUGUUGUCAAAAUACAGAGAGGCUUAAGUGUUUCUCAAAAACUACGUAAAACAAAUACCACGAAAGAAAACAUAGCGUCAGGACUAUAUAGAAGUAAAACACCAACUGCUGAUUUAUAUAGUACUCAGCCAAAAGAAGUCUUGCCAAUUCGCCCCAAAACUCCAUUAGUAGACACUAGAAGAGCCCGAGUAAAAACACCUUCAAACGAAUUAAAUGAAGAAGUUGAAGCUGUCACGAGUGGUCUUCUUACGGAGAAAAAUUUAAGCAGUAAUUUUCAUUCUAAUGAGAUUAGUAAAUCAAUUCCUUUAGACGCUAAAUCUAAUAAUAGUUUACAUGAAGUAGAUUCAACAAAUAACGAUAUACCGUUCAUGGAUCCUUAUCCUAAGUUGGUCUCAAAUUUAACAGAACGCCUUGCAGAAGCUUCUUUGGCUAAUGAUAAUCAAAAUUUGUACCAUCCUCAUUCUUUGAAUCUCCACAUACAGCAACAGUUUCAUCACAAUCCUUUCCAAGUACUUAAUAACAAUUCAAAUUAUGAUAGCCAAUCAAUAAACCAAGAUUAUAAUACAUACGGCACGGGUUCAUAUUCCAAAUCUAUUGGCAGCGAUGCUAAUGAGUUAUACUCUCCGCCACCUCCUAUGCCUAUUAUGGCACCUGUACCUACAUAUCAUCAUGAGACUUGUUAUUGUUAUAAUUGCCAAGAUUAUAAUCGCUACUUAUUAGAGUACCAAGCUCAGGGUUCUCCAAAUAUGACAGGAUAUUCUCAUCCACAUUCAUUACCUUCUAAUGGAAGAAUUCACAAUCAAAAGCGUUUCAAUGACUACAUUUUUGACCAAAGGAAAUCAGGAUUCAGCCCAUUAGAAAAUUCGUAUCCAAUACAAACUCCAAUUUUGCAACAACAAACUCAGCAUCACAGCCAAUUUGAUCAACAAAACUUUGGACUUUGGAAAUAUGGAGCAGAUGGGGCAAAUAACCUUAUGAUUCCCGUAGGAGAAGAUGAAUUCACUUUAUCUGAGGUUACACUUGAAAGGCAAACCACCGGAUUUGGUUUUCGAAUUGUUGGUGGAACAGAAGAAGGGUCUCAAGUGACAGUGGGACAUAUUGUGCCAGGCGGCUCUGCUGAUGGAGAUCCCCGUAUUGCAACUGGUGACGAAAUUUUAAGUAUUGAUGGUGUAAAUGUUGUCGGAGCUUCACAUCAUAAAGUUGUACAAUUAAUGGGCGAAGCGGCGUCACGUGGACAAGUAAAUAUGAUAUUACGUCGAAGAAUAAAUGUCAAUCAUAAUGCAAAUGAUUUAGCACUUCUGUCUUUGCCACAAACUCUUCAACAUCCUUACGAUGUAGUCGUCAGUCGUCACGAAAAUGAAGGUUUCGGAUUUGUUAUAAUAUCAUCUUCAAACCAGUUUUACGGUUCAACCAUAGGAAAAAUAAUGCCUGGAAGUCCAGCCGACCGAUGUACCGAACUAAAAGUAGGUGAUCGAAUAAUAGCUGUUAAUCGUAUUGAUAUAGCUGGUAUGAGUCAUGGAGAAGUUGUUAAUUUAAUAAAAGAAUCUGGCUUACAUGUACGUUUGACUAUUGGCGGUACACAAAAUGAUACAAAUAAUAGCCGAAUUUUAUCUAACACAAAUCACGAGCAAUAUAACAAACAACAAUUUCCACAUCACCAUCAUCAUCGUCAUCAACAGCAACAGUUGCAGCAACCUAUUUUAACAGCAGCUAUUAAAAAACAAACUGACCAACAAAAUACUCUUGCAGCUCAAACAUUGAAUGAAUUUAAUGAAGACUAUAUUGAUAGACAGUUAAAUAAUCAACAUCCACAUUUAUGACUCUGAAAAUCAUUUGAUUUAGAUGUAUGUACGUAUGAAAAUCAUGCAUAAGAAAAAUUUGAAUCACUUAAUUAGGAUAAAUUUAUUAAAACCAAUUUGUAGUUAACAUUAGUAUUCCCAAAGACUGAUAUUAUUUUAUUAAUUUUAAUAUUAUUUUUCUUAACAUUCAGUGACAUUUAUACAAUUUAAAUUAAAUAACCUAUACAUAUUUUUGUUCUAAAUAGUUAAAUUUUAAGUUUUGAGAUUUUAAUUAAAAAAAAUUUAAUUAAUUAUAAAAUUUCAUCAUAAUAAGUUUAGUGGUCGACUUUGCUACAAAUAUAUUGAGAUAAAUAUGAAUAUACCUAUCUGUUGAUUGGAUGAUCUUUAUUACCGAAUUUAAAGCCUAAGUACUUUUUUAUAUUUUUAUAUAAUAUAUUAGUAUUGUAUAUAUUUAAAAGUUAUUUAUCGCGGGCUUUUGGAAAACCCUCUAUAGCACAUUUAAUAAAAUUUUGAAGUUACUUCGAAAAAAUUUGAAAUUAUUAUUUCCCUAUUAUUUAUUAUGUGAACUGUUUCCUUUAUAAACUCUUGUUGUCCGCAUUUUAACGUUAUAAUAAACGUUUUUAUUAUAUUAUUUUUUGCUAUAGACUUAUAAAUCAUAUGGUAUAGGACUUACUUAAAAGUUUUUCGGUAUUUAAAAAAACUGGCAUUGUAGUAGUAUCUAAAAUUAUUACUAUUACUAAUAAUUUUUGAAAUGCAUUCAAACAAAGGAAGGAACAAAUAUUUAAUUUAAGAAUCUCAUUUUUGAAUUAAAAAUUAUUGUAUAUAGAAAAAUUUUUUAUUGUAUUUUAUAACAUAUAAACAUA